GAUGCGUAGAAAGAAACCCGACUGAAAUGGAGAAAUGCGUGGUUUGCAACCUCAGCGACUACUUCAAUCUCAACUCGUCGUACAACUUCACUGACUUCCGGACUUCCAACGACACUUAUACACUGACAGAUGUGAACGUCUGGGCCCUGUCCCUCAUAGUGUUCCCCUUGCUGACCUUCUUCGGCAAUGUGCUAGUGAUACUGAGUGUGGUGAGGGAGCGGAGUCUGCAAACGGCUACCAACUAUUUCAUCGUCAGCCUGGCGGUCGCUGAUCUGUUGGUUGCGGUGGUGGUUAUGCCGUUCGGAGUGUACUACUUGUUUAACGUGACGUGGGGUCUGCCGGCGGUGGUGUGCGACUGUUACAUCGCCAUGGACGUCACCUGCUCCACUUCAAGCAUCUUCAACCUCGUCGCCAUCUCGGUGGACAGGUACAUAGCGGUGACCCAGCCCAUCAAAUACGCGAAGCACAAGAGCAGCGCGCGCGUCUGGCUGAUGAUCGCAGUGGCGUGGCUAGUGUCAGCCGCCAUCGGGUCCCCCGUCGUCCUCGGCCUUAACGACGGCCCUGACCGGAGCCCCGACCAGUGCCUCUUCAACAACACCGACUACGUCAUCUACUCGAGUCUCGGCUCAUUUUACAUACCGUGUAUCAUCAUGACGUUCCUGUAUUUUCGGAUAUUCCAGGCAAUCCGCCAACGCGCGAAGAAGCAGCGAGGUCCCAAGAAGACGUGUUCGGUCCUGAGCGGGACCACGAGCGGGACCGCCGCCGUGGUGAUAGAGAACAUGGCGCAGACCAGGCUGCAGGACCAGCCCACCAACACCGCCUCGGGCAGUAACGAGGACGAGGAUGAUGAGAACAGUUUCGACAAGACGGACAUCGGCGCGUACGCGGAGGAGAUGGCCAACUCGCGGUCAGCGCGGUUCAUGCUGGCCGCCGUGGUAGAGGAGACCGGCCUCAUAAUGGCGAACCUCGCGUCACCCAUCCCCAUGAUGGACCCCAACACCAACAACGACUCCGGCUACGCGCCCUCCAACAUGGACGUCGACAAGGACCACACACCCCCACCCUCGCCCAACAAGAAGACAGAGGAGAAGAGCGAGAGAGAAGAUGAGAAGAGCGGGACGGAAGAUAAGGAUGUUAAGCCCGCGUUGCCUAAGAAGCCUGAGUUAAAGAAGAAGCUGAGUCGUCUGAGCAAUAACUCGCUGAUCUCCACACCUCGUCGGAGGUUCCGGUCUGCAGCAUCAGCGGCCCGGUUCACCAUCUUCCGGGCGAACCGCGCGGGCAAGAUGCGCGCUAAAUCCUUCGCCAAGAAGGAGAAGAAGGCUACGCAGACCCUGGCGAUUGUUCUUGGUGUAUUCCUCUUCUGCUGGGCGCCUUUCUUCACCUGCUCGGUGCUGGACGCGGUUUGCACCAAGCUGCACGUGAGCUGGUCUCCCGGCGUCACCGCCUUCAUCCUCACCACCUGGCUGGGCUACAUCAACUCCUUCCUCAACCCCGUCAUCUACACCAUCUUCAACCCGGAGUUUCGCAAGGCUUUCAGGAAGAUUCUCAAGUGUUCUUAGCCGAAGGUGAACGCGUAUGACGUCACUAUAUAAGUGUAUUGACAGUUUUAGAACAAAGUGGUUGCUACAUUUGUGUGAGUUAAAGUACGCUAUUUCAUGAAUCACGUGCGAUGAAGUAGCGUAGUCUUGUGCGCGUGUGUGCGUUAGCACGUGUA